AGUGCCCCGCCCUCGACACCCGACACGCCAAGUGGGGCGGGGCUGCGGGGGCGGGGCGUGGCCCGGGGCGGCCGGACCCCAAAUUGGCCUGGUCAAGAUGGCGCUGAUGGUUGGAGCGCGCGUCCUGGCUCGCAACCUGCUCCGCCCGUGGUCCCGGCUUCCGGACGCGGUUCCCGGGCGGACGGGGCCGGCCGCCGGCGGCGGGGACGGUGUGCGGUGUUUCGGGAGCCCUCGGGUGCUGGUGGAGACGGACCCGUCGAAAGGGGUCGCCGUGAUAAAGUUGAAGAACCCCCCGGUGAACAGCCUCAGCCUGGAGGUGCUGACGGAGUUUGUCAUCAGCCUGGAGAAACUGGAAAACGACAAGACCUUCCGAGGCGUCAUCCUGACUUCGGACUGCCCCGGGAUCUUCUCGGCUGGCCUGGACCUGACGGAGAUGUGCGGGAAGAGCCAGGCGCACUAUGCCGAGUACUGGAGGGCCGUGCAGGAGCUGUGGCUGCGGCUCUACCUGUCCAACCUGGUGCUGAUCGCUGCCAUCAACGUGAGUGUCCCCGCUCCUGAGUGGCCUUGCUGGCUCGCCAGGGCCAGCCCAGCGCGUGGGGGGGCAUGAAGAGGUCCUGUCCUUGGGAAGGCUGGGAAGGGAACAGUCGGGGGAGACCCUCGGAUGUGCACAGGGGAGCCUCCAUUGCAGACAGGCGUGACCUGGUGGCGGGGUACUUCGCGGGGCGGGGGCAGGGACCAGGGCACGUGGUCGACGCGGCCCGGCAAGAGAGCUGUAUAGGGAGAGGGGCGUGAGGAGGGGAUCAGAUUCACAUCAGGAAACAUCGUUCCGGUCUGCCCUCGAGAAGGUAGGGGCUGUUCACGCUCAGGAACCGGUGUGCCUGAAGACGGGACACCCCAGGUGAGGUGCCAGAAGGGUCCGAGCCAGGGGACGGGAGGGUGGCGAGAGUCAGGACGACCCACGAGGCGCGUGACAGCCGACAGCAGCUUGCCGUCUGUUCAAGGCAGUGCGGUGCGUGAGAUGAGGGCGGUGUGAGUUUGGGGUUCCCAGGACAUCCGGCUGGGGAUGGCGAUGGGUCCCGUGGGGCGUGACGGGUUGUGACCGCUCUGGCCGGAUGCUGGUUUGGCGUUUUAGCAUCCGGACCGAAGCCGUG